AUGACAUCGCUCUACAAAUCCAAGGCAUGUCCUCAGUGUCAUCUCUCUCUCUCUUUCUCUGAUAGAUCAUCACGCAUAAACAUCAACAAGGACGAGAAAAAGAUGAUACAGGAGCUGUUGGGUGGGAGUAAUGUUGGCUUAACAGGAGGGGAAAGACCUAAACUUUCCACCACUAAUGGAGUUUUUGAUGGCUCGCCUUCACCCUCACCGUCUCUUUCUCCAUCUUCUUCCACCACUGCCACUGCCACCACCACUGAGAACCUGAGAUGCCCUCGAUGCGAUUCUUCCAACACAAAGUUCUGUUAUUACAACAACUACAACCUCACUCAGCCGCGCCAUUUCUGCAAGACUUGUCGGCGCUACUGGACUAAAGGAGGUGCCCUUCGCAAUGUCCCCAUCGGAGGUGGAUGUCGGAAAAACAAGAAUAUUACCAUAAUCAACUCUGUUGGAAAAUCAAGUGCCGGAAAGUUGAAGACAGUUUCAUCAGAAACAGGAAAAACAUGUUUUCUUAGUGGUUUCGAACAACAUGCUGAUCUUUCCACAAACCCAAUUGGAUGGUCCUCCCCUCAAAAUUCUCAUUUGUUGUCUUUACUGAGAUCAAACCAAAUUUCUAGCCCUAACCCUGUCACGAUUAAUCCUAUCACCGUGAAGGAGGAAGGUGGUUUUUAUGGGUCCCACGUGAGCUUUGAAUCAUCUUUACCCAAUGGUGGUUUAAAUUCUCGGACCCUAGGGUUAGAUCCAGUUAGCCAGAUGGUUACCUCCACUUGGCUUCCCAGUUCUUUUUGGAGCAACAAUCAGCAACAGAAUCAAGCGAACAACGGAAUUAUACUGGGAGAAGUUCAAAAUACUGGGAUCCAAGAACUUUAUCAGAAGCUUAGAUCAUCAAAAUAUUGUUAUCCAGAACCUGCCCCAGUAAUUCUUGGAAAUGUAUCUUCUGCACCAUCAAUGGCUUCUUCCACCAUUUUUGAGUCAGCUACAGUAUCUGGAGGUGAAUUGGGUUUCUGGAAUACCACUCUUCCUGGGCAAACUGAUAUAGCCACAACUAAUGGUGCAUAUCCUUAA